ACAAAACUGUUCAAGUUCUUGUUCAUUUGGAUGUGAACACAAUACAUGUGAACCAGUCAGUGGUCAUUGCUUGAUGUGUAAAAAUGGAAAGACAGGCACAUUUUGUCAAGAAGAAUGUCCACUUGGAAAGUUUGGACACAACUGCACAAAAAACUGUUCAGAUUCCUGUGCUAAUGAAAAAUGUGAUGCUGUAAAUGGAGUUUGUCACAGCUGUCGACCAGGAUAUAUGGGAGAAUACUGUCAAGAAACUUGUAGUCCUGGUAGAUAUGGAGACAACUGCACUCACCAAUGUUCUAAUAACUGUGCACACUGCCUGUGUAACCCUACAGAUGGAGUAUGUUUGAGUUGUCAGCCAGGGUAUCAAGGACAAUUCUGUAAUCAAACCUGCAGUGUAGGAUGGUUUGGUUUUAAUUGUUCAAGUAAAUGCCCAGAAGGUUGUGCAGAAAAUAAGUGUGAUGUUAAAACUGGUUAUUGUGACAGUUGUGAUCUAGGACACACUGGUAAUCUUUGUCAACAUGAAUGCAGGCGAGGAACUUUUGGAUAUGAGUGUUCUUCUGAUUGUCCAAAAAAUUGUCUAUUCUCAAUGUGCGAUUCUAUCAAUGGGCUUUGCUUUGGUUGUGUUGCAAAUUUUCAAGGGAAGUUUUGUAAUGAAACAUGUGACACUGGAUGGUUUGGAUACAACUGUUCACAGACAUGCCCAGACAACUGUAGAAACAAACAAUGUGAUCCAAUAAAUGGGUUUUGUCAGAAUUGUAGUGAUGGCUACGUUGGAGACAGGUGUGAUAGAGUUUGUUCCAGGGGAUAUUAUGGACAAAACUGUUCCACACAAUGUUCUGAUAAAUGUGAACACAAUUCAUGUGAUCCUUUCACUGGUCGAUGUAUCAGGUGCAAAGAUGGAUUUGUUGGACAACUGUGUGACAAAGCAUGUGACUCUGGAUGGUUUGGAUACAACUGUUCACUGACAUGCCCAGACAAUUGUAAAAACAAACAAUGUGAUCCAAUUAGUGGACUGUGUCAACGUUGUAAAGAUGGGUAUGUGGGAGAUUGGUGUGAUAAAGUUUGUUCUACUGGUUAUUAUGGACAAAACUGUUCAAGUUCUUGUUCAUUUGGAUGUGAACACAAUACAUGUGAACCAGUCAGUGGCCAUUGCUUGAUGUGUAAAAAUGGAAAGACAGGUGUAUUUUGUCAAGAAGAAUGUCUACUUGGAAGGUUUGGACCCAACUGCACAAAAUCCUGUCCAUACUCCUGUGCUAAUAAAACGUGUGAUGCUGUAAAUGGAGUUUGUCACAGCUGUAAACCAGGAUAUAUGGGAGACUACUGUCAAGAAACAUGUAGCCCUAGUAGAUAUGGAGACAACUGCACUCACCGCUGUCCUAAAAACUGUGCACACUCCCUGUGUAAGCCUACAGAUGGAGUAUGUUUGAGUUGUCAGCCAGGGUAUCAAGGACAAUUCUGUAAUCAAAGUUGUGAGCCAGGUAUGUUUGGAUACAAUUGUUCAAUGACAUGUCCAGACAACUGUAAAGACAAUAUGUGUGACCAAAUUUAUGGGACAUGUGAAAUGUGCAAAGAUGGCUUCCGUGGAAAUAAGUGUGAUAAAGUAUGUUUACAAGGCCAAUAUGGGGAAAACUGUUCACUAUCCUGUUCCAAAAAUUGUGCUGACGCAACUUGUGAUCCAUUCAGUGGCCAUUGUUCUUCAUGUAGAGAUGGUUGGAAAGGAGCAUUUUGCAACACAACAUGCUCAAAAGGUAAAUUUGGUUAUAAUUGUAUGAGAAACUGUUCAAAGACCUGUACUAAUGCAACUUGUGAAGCUGUAAGUGGAAUUUGUCAUAGCUGUGUGCCCGGUUACAAGGGUGACUACUGUCAUGAAAAAUGUCCAACAAGAAAAUUUGGAUAUAAAUGUAUUAAAGACUGUCCGAACACCUGUACUAAUUCAACAUUUAAUGCUACAAAUGGAGUUUGUCACAGCUGUGAACCAGGAUAUAAGGGAGACCACUGUCAAGACAAUAACUGUAGAAACAAACAAUGUGAUCCAAUAAAUGGGUUCUGUCAGAAUUGUAGUGAUGGCUACGUUGGAAACAGGUGUGAUAAAGAGUAUUGCCCAGGAACUUAUGAAGACGAAUCAUGUAACAAAGGUUGGUUUGGAUACCACUGUUCACUGUCAUGCCCAGCUAACUGUACAAACAAUGAAUGUGAUCCAAUCAACGGGUUCUGUAAAGGUUGUAAAAAUGGUUAUAUGGGAGACAAAUGUGAUAAAGUUUGUUCCAGUGGAUUGUAUGGACAAAAUUGUUCCCUACACUGCUCAGACAAAUGUGAUCAACAAUUAUGUGAUCCUUUCAGUGGUCACUGUAUCAAGUGCAAAGUUGGAUUACUUGGACCAUUUUGUGAUCAAGACUGCAGUCAUGGUACAUUUGGUGAGAUGUGUUCACAAAACUGUCCUGAGAUGUGUUUAGCUUCCCAAUGCAACGUUAUUGAUGGGCGAUGUAAGGAAUGUAAGGCUGGCUACAGGGGAGAUUAUUGUAAUGAAACAUGUAGCUCAGGCACAUAUGGACAUGCGUGUGUUGAACGCUGUUCUGAAAACUGCGCAGACUCACUGUGUCAACAUACAAAUGGCAUUUGUUUCGGCUGUUCACCAGGCUAUCAAGGAGAUUACUGUGACCAAUCAUGUAGCCCAGGCAGAUAUGGAUCCAUGUGUGUUGAACGUUGUUCUGAAAACUGCACAGACAGACUAUGCCGAAAUGACAAUGGAAGUUGUUUGAGCUGUUCAUCACUCGGUUAUGAAGGAGAUUUCUGCAACCAAACAUGUGGCCCAGGCAGAUAUGGAUACAAGUGUACUCAUAAAUGUCCUAAAAACUGCACCAACUCACUGUGUCAACAUACCAAUGGCGUUUGUUUGAACUGUUUACCAGGCUAUCAGGGACAUUUCUGUGACCAAC